GAAGUUCGUCGAGUUCCCGCUCUGACUUUCGCGACCAAGUUGGAUCACGCUGGAGAUCAUCUCAUAACCCGCGAAACAUGUCCGACGAUGAUGUUGAACAAUUUGAGACUGCUGAUUCGGGCGCCUCCACUACCUACCCUAUGCAGGCCGGUAAUGUUCGCAAAGGAGGUUUUAUGGUGAUCAAGGGACGCCCCACCAAGGUUAUUGAUGUCACAACAUCGAAGACCGGGAAACACGGCCACGCGAAGUGUCAUUUUACUGCCACGGAUAUCUUCACCGGGAAAAAGGUUGAAGAGCUUGUGCCCUCUUCUCACAACCUCGAGGUUCCCCUCGUGAACCGCGACGAUUAUACUCUUGUCGAUCUUAAUGACGAGGGUUUUCUUGGGCUCAUGGAUGACUCCGGUAAUGUUCGUGAGGAUCUGAAGCUUCCAAGUGGGCAUGAUGAAGCGGAAGCACUUGCAAGACAGAUACAGUCACAAUUUGACGAGGGCAAGGAGCUCAUCCUCACAGUGCUGAAAUCGAUGGGCGAAGAGCAAGUCAACGCCUCAAAGGAAGCACCUAAGCAGGACUAAAUACUUCAUGGAUUCCAAAAAAAAAUUAUUAUGAUGUGAGGGAUCCUGGGACUUCAGAAAGCAUCUCUCAGAUACUUCAAGAACAUAUACCUAUAUACAAUUACAUAAGUGUUCACG